AUGCACUUGACGCCCUCCCUCGUCGCCGCCGUUGGCCUCGCCGCCAUCGGCCAAGUCCAAGUCGCCGCCAAGCCGUAUCCCCAUGCCCAUCCCGCUCAGGGCCUCAAGCCCAUCAAGCAGAUUGAGCUCGGCCCUCGACCGUACUACCUGGUCGACAGCAUGGAGGACGGCCCCCUCAAGGCCAAGCUGGACUCGUGCAAGGAGCUCAAGAUGAAGCCGUCGUCCUUCUCCAUCGCCCACCGCGGCGGCGGGCCCUUGCAGUUCCCCGAGCACUCGCGCGAGUCCAACCUGGCGGGCGCUCGCAUGGGCGCGGGCAUCCUCGAGUGCGACGUCGCCUUCACCAAGGACCUGGAGCUGGUGUGCCGCCACAGCCAGUGCGAUCUUCACACCACCACCAACAUCGUCAACAUCCCCGAGCUCAACGCAAAGUGCACCACGCCCUUCCAGCCCGCGGCAAACGGCAAGCCGGCCGCCGCCAAGUGCUGCACCAGCGACAUCACCCUCGCCGAGUUCAAGUCGCUGUGCUCCAAGAUGGACGCCUUCAACGCCGGCGCAGCCACGCCCGCCGAGUUCCUCGGCGGCACCCUCAGCUGGCGCACCGACCUCUACAACACCUGCGGCACCACGCUGUCCCUCAAGGAGCACAUCGCCAUGACAGAGGCCCUCGGCCUGCAGUUCACCCCCGAGCUCAAGACCCCCGAGGUGCCCAUGCCCUUCCAGGGGCACUACACCCAGCAGCAGUACGCCCAGCAGUUCAUCGACGCCUUCAAGCACGCCGGCAUCCCCCCCAGCCGCGUCUGGCCCCAGAGCUUCCUCUACGACGACCUGCUCUACUGGCUCGAGCACGAGCCCAAGUUCGCCAAGCAGGCCAUGUACCUCGACGAGAUUGCCGACUUUUACGGCAUGGACGCCGCCGUCGCCAACCUCACCCAGUACCACGCCGACGGCGUCAAGAUUGUCUCUCCUCCCCUGCCUUACCUCGUCACCAGCAAGGACGGCAAGAUUAUGCCCAGCGAGUACGCCAAGAGGGCGAACAAAUUGGGCCUCAAGAUCAUUACCUGGAGUUUGGAGCGCUCUGGGCCCAUUGCUGGCGUGCACGCCAACGGCGACUACUACUACAACUCCAUCCAGGAUGUCGUCACGAGGGACGGCGAUAUUUACACUCUUGUUGAUGUGCUUGCGAGGCAGGUUGGUGUUUUCGGCAUGUUUUCUGAUUGGAGUGCUACCGUGACUUACUACGCCAACUGCUUUGGGCUUGGACUGUAA